UACGCGAGGACUGAUCUGCAGUGACGUGGGUCUUAAUGAAGUUUGCGCGUGGACAUCGUAUGACACUGUGCUGUCAUCCAAACUUAGCGGAGCCCCUGUGAAGCGUCAGUUGUGACCGCCUGGCUGCCAGAUCAGGCUUCACUUUUUUUUCUGUGUGUGCGUGUGUGUGUGUUCCCGAUCAAGUGCUCCAACUUCACCCGGGCGAACUGCCCAGUGAUGGUCGACUGCGUGGAUGUGGGUUUAAGAGUGGGGUCCAACUGAGGCUGAGCACCUGCACGUGGAGGAGGACUGCCCCUCUUUCCCUCUACUCGACCUUCAAGUCUACAACAGCAUCACUUCGCUUGUAAAAGAGAGAGAAAGCCGACGAUGAGCUCCUCUCUCCCCAAAAGCGAGUCGACCACGUCUCUGCUGAGAUCGUCGGGGCUCAACCGCAGGUCCGCGCGCUCGGAGCACGGUCCACACGGUCACCGGAGCCACCGCUCUCACCAUCAGCAUCCCGCCGCAGCUGGAGGCAGCGAGGAUGCAGCCUGGGCGGAUGACUGCGAGACCAGUGCGCGGAGACCUCUCUGCCAGCCGAGGCACGCCGACUCCCGGCAUUUAAAUGAUCAUCACCGGACGCAAAAGAGCCAUUCUCACCGGCAGCCGUGCCCCCAGGAUGACGGUUACGCCGAGGAGGACGCGAGGCAAAGGACGAGCCGCUAUCAGAAAGAGCGCAGCAAGUCCUCCAGGUCCAAACACUCGCAUCAUCACCACGACUCCUCUCGAGGUGAGGUGCCUCCCGCUGCGCAUCUCCAGGGCGGCUCCCGGCAGGAGAGGAGGACAUCUCCAACUCCUUCUUACGCGAAACACACGGACGAGGCGGAUUUCUUCUUCGAGCCCAGCGAGAGAGCCAUCACCGGGUCAGCCUCCAGUCUCAACUCCGAUUCACCUGCGACCAGUGCACCUGUCCAGCCAGCAUCCAGCCAGCGCCCAACCAAAAGACUGAACGCUGCCUCGGCGGAGUACGACUCCAGUCUUCACCCCAUAGUGAAGUCAGUCUUUGGGCAGGACCAGAAGAAGAACUACAAAGCAGUGCAGUCCUGUGAGGAGGGGGGAUCUGGGGGGGCCUAUCAUGAGCCACUAGUAGCCCAGAACGGAGUCAACAUGCACAACGUGCUGGGGCCUGCAUGCAUCUUUCUACGCAAGGGCUUCGCUGAGAGCCGGCAGGCUGACCGAGAGUUGAGGCCAGAGGAAAUGGAUGAGUUGCGUGAGGCGUUUAAGGAGUUUGACAAGGACAAAGACGGGUUUAUUGGCUGCAAAGACCUGGGAAACUGCAUGAGAACGAUGGGCUACAUGCCGACAGAGAUGGAGUUAAUAGAACUGAGCCAGCAGAUCAACAUGAACUUGGGAGGACAUGUGGAUUUUGAGGAUUUUGUUGAACUCAUGGGGCCUAAACUUCUGGCUGAAACAGCGGACAUGAUAGGGGUGAAGGAGCUGAGGGAUGCAUUCAAGGAGUUUGACACUAAUGGCGACGGUCAGAUCAGCACAGCGGAGCUUAGAGAGGCGAUGAAAAAACUUUUAGGACAACAGGUCGGACACAGAGAUCUGGAGGACAUCCUGAGAGACAUCGACCUCAAUGGAGAUGGACAUGUGGACUUUGAAGAAUUCGUGCGGAUGAUGUCUCGAUGAGAGAGCGAGCUAAGAUGUUAAAACACAGCCUGGAUUCUCUGCUGGAUUAGGAGGAAAAAAAGAAGAAGUAAAUCCAAACCAGCACAGAAUACCGUUGGAUCGCGUAUUUCUCGAACUGUCAGUGAACGAGACAGCGAAAACAUAUCAACCCUGCCCUGAAACUGCCACGCUGCACAAAGCACAAAGGCUGGCGACUACAGCCAGGAGCGACACUGUUAAUAAUAUGCUGCUGCUGUAAUCUUAAAGCACAAACAAAAAAACCAACGGCUGCAUUUACGACUUUUGCAAAGAAUAUUUUAAAAAGACGUCUUUUUCCUUUGGUAAUGACAACAUUUCUAAUGCUCAUACGGUGGCUUAUGAGGUAAAAGGUAACAUGUCUAUUUUGCCACUUUUACCUUAUAACUAUUGUUGUUAAUCACUGUAGCAAAUACGACAUUUUAAUACCGCAGUAUGCCAGCAAACACCCAAACAAUACAGCACAUUCCUUUUUAAUGCUGGGGAUAUCUUAAGCACAAAUACAAAUGGCAAUAUGGAAAUAUUUUAUGUGAUCCCGUCGAAGCUGUGUUUGUGUUUUGUGCAUACUGUUGUUACUCUACACCCUACGCUGUACGUGUAUUCUGUCACUGGAGACUACUGUCAAACCCCAGUUAAGGCGAGGCAUUAUCUGUUUGGUAAUUAUGUGUAAUGUAGCAUUGAUACGGUUCUUCUGAUUUUAAUAACAUUAUGCCUAUCUUACUGUGAUAUAUAAAUAUAUUUAUGUAAUUUCUCCUUCAACUCCAGAGGAAGGAACUGUUGCUAAGUUUGACUACUGAGACAGGCCUUUUAAUUACAUGUCUUAUUUCUGUGCAUGAAACAUAUUUUGGGAAAUGAUCUGCGCCUCACUUCACAGAGAGCUUAAACUACAGAUGAACACAGGAUUUUGUCAAUGCUUUAAUUGCCAUCAGUUAGCUUUGAUAAAUGUAUGCGUCUGUAGGAGUCUGCCGAGUGAAAGGUUUCACUUUGGGUGCAAGAGUUACAUGUUUAAUACCUCAAAAUCAAUUUAACAAUCAACCUCAUCCAAAAGGUCCCCCUGGCAUACUCAGAUCUCUAACAUCUCAUUACCUUUAUUAUUAACAUGGGGAAAAUAAGGAAGCGGUGUGAGCUUCUUUAUAAUAACAAUAAAAAUAAAGCCAAAGAAAGUUUACAAAAUAUCAUAGAGUCUGAUUUAGUGUAGGAGGUGUGUGCACUGAAUUACUCUUUUAAGACAGCUGUUCAAAAUGGCCCUUGGUGGUUGUUGGGAUGGCUAGACUGUUCUUGAAUGGACAAGAGGGUGUUUGCAUGCUGUAAAGUUAAGAUAUUCUUCAAAAGGGAAGUCUUACUUUGUGAUUUUACUUUACUGUCUUAACUGUGUGAAACUAUGCAUGCAAAAAAACACUACAAUUUGUAGCAGAAUAUAUAAGAAUAAAGGUUUUUAUUCCAAACUGUC